AUGUCGAAUGGUUACAAGCCCACGCCACUGGAGCUGUCUGACGUGAAGCUGACCCCAGGCCAGGAACUUCUGGUGGAUAAACUGGCGGAGAACGCCCACAACGUGUGGGCCAAGGACAGGAUCAAACAAGGAUGGACCUAUGGCAUUCAGCAGGAUGUGAAGAGCAAGCGGAACCCUCGCCUGGUGCCAUAUUCUUUAUUAGACGAGCGUACUAAGAAGUCCAACAGGGACAGCCUCCGUGAGGCCAUCCGCACUCUGAUUGGAUAUGGAUACAAUAUCGAACCUCCAGAUCAGGAGGGCGCAGGCCAUGUGGUGGACAGACUGAGCAUCGACAAGAUCCGUUUCUUCCGUGUGGAGAGGACGUACGCGGUGAUGACGGGGAAGUGGUACUUUGAGUUUGAUGUGGUGACAGGGGGAGACAUGCGUGUGGGCUGGGCCAGACCUGGAUGUAGGCCUGAUGUAGAGCUGGGCACUGAUGAGCUGGCCUUUGUCUUCGACGGAUACAAGGGUCAACGUCUGAACAUGGGCAGUCGUUUCUUUGGGCGGUGUUGGCACGCGGGGGACGUGGUGGGCUGUAUGAUCAACAUGGAGGACAAGUCUAUGAUCUUCACCCUCAACGGAGAGAUCCUCAUCACCAACAAGGGCUCUGAGCUCUGCUUUGCCGACUUUGAGACGGAGGACGGUUUUAUACCAGUGUGUAGUCUGGGCCUGUCCCAGGUGGGUCGUAUGAACRUGGGGAAGGACGCCAGUACCUUUAAGUACUACACCAUGUGUGGUCUCCAGGAGGGCUUCGAACCCUUCGCCGUCAACAUGAACCGUGAGGUCACCAUGUGGUUCAGCAAACGCCUCCCCACCUUUGUCAAUGUGCCAAAGAACCACAACCACAUAAUGGUGACCAGAAUAGAUGGCACCAUCGACAGCCCUCCAUGUCUGAAGGUGAGCCACAGGACGUUUGGGACCCAGAACAGUAAUGGUGACAUGGUGUACUGUCGACUGAGCAUGCCUGUGGAGUUCCACUCCUUCUUCAAGACCAGCCCUGUCAUGGACAUGAACGGAUUCAGGUGCCAUGUAGUCAAGCUAACCUGCCACCAUGUUGUCUUGCAGUACCACUACUCUGUCAGGGUGUUCGCUGGUCAGGAUCCAUCCUGUGUGUGGGUGGGCUGGGUCACCCCCGACUACCAUUACUAUAGCAACCACUUCAACCUCAGUAAGAACCGGACGGUGACGGUUACCCUGGGAGACCAGCGUGGGCGGGUCCAUGAGAGUGUGAGGAGGAGUAACUGCUACAUGGUGUGGGGUGGGGACGUCACCAGCUCAGGUCACUCGUCCAGUCGCAGUAAUGUGGACCUGGAGAUAGGCUGUCUCAUUGACCUGGCCACUGGCCUGGUGACCUUCACUGGCAACGGCAAGGAGCUGGCCACCUCCUACCAGGUGGAACCAAACACAAAGCUGUUUCCUGCUGUGUUUGUGCGACCGACCAGCCCCAACCUCUUCCAGUUUGAGCUGUCCAAGAUAAAGAAUGCCAUGCCCCUGUCAGCUGCCAUCUUUAAGAGUGAGCAUAAGAACCCAGUACCCCAGUGCCCUCCGAGGCUGGACGUCCAGACCAUCAACUCAGUGCUGUGGAGUCGCAUGCCCAACACCUUCCUAAAGGUGGAGACGGCCAGGGUCAGUGAGAGACACGGCUGGGUGGUGCAGUGUCUGGAGCCCCUGCAGAUGCUGGCUGUGCACAUACCUGAGGAGAACAGGUGUGUUGACAUCAUGGAGCUGUCUGAGCAGGAGGACCUGAGGAAGUUCCACUACCACACCCUGAAGCUGUACUGUGCCCUGUGUGCCCUGGGAAACACCCGCGUGGCACACGCCCUCUGCAGCCACCUGGACCAAUCCCAGCUGCUCUACACCAUCGACAACCAGUACCUGUCGGGCAUGCUGCGCGAGGGCUUCUACAACAUCCUGAUCAGCAUUCACCUGGAGACGGCCAAGGAGGCCCGCCUCAUGAUGAACAACGAGUUUAUUAUCCCCAUCACCGCCGAGACGCGCAGCAUCCGCCUGUUCUCCGAUGCCUCCAAGCACCACUCUCCUCCCGGGGUGGGCCUCAGUACCUCCCUGAAGCCCCGGCUCAACUUCUACCCUCCCUGUUUCAUCAGCACCAAGAGGGAGCAGCAUCUGUACAGCCCCCAGAUCCCACUGGAUGCCCUGAAGGAGAAGGCCAUCACCAUGCUGACCGAGGCCGUGCAAGGCGGUGGGCAUCACAUCAGGGACCCUGUAGGGGGCAGCGUGGAGUACCAGUUUGUGCCCAUCCUGAGGCUGAUUGGUACACUGCUCACCAUGGGRGUGCUGGGCAGUCACGAUGUUCAUAAGAUCCUGCUCCUCAUCGACCCCAACGUGUUUGUGGAGCAUAGCGAGGAGGCCGUCGCCGUGGUGAUGGAGGCCACAGAGAAGGAGGGGCUGACGGGCACCGAGGAGAAGGCGGUGGAGGCCGGGGAGGAGGAGGCGGCUAAAGACGCCAAGCUGCCAAUGAAAGGUCUGCUGGAGAAGAGGCUGCCUGAGCCAGUGAAACGACAGAUGUGUGAGCUGCUGCACUACUUCUGUGACUGUGAGCUGAAGCAUCGCAUCGAGGCCAUUGUGUCUUUCUCAGACAGCUUUGUCUCCAAGCUGCAGUACAACCAGAAGUUCAGGUACAACGAGCUGAUGCUGGCCCUCAACAUGUCUGCUGCCGUCACCGCCAAGAAGACCAAGGAGUUCCGCUCCCCUCCCCAAGAACAGAUUAACAUGCUGUUGAACUUCAGUACGGGGGAGGACUGCCCAUGUCCAGAGGACAUUCAGGAGGAGCUCUAUGCCUUCCACAACGAGCUGCGGCUGCACUGUGGAAUCCCUAUGGAGGAAGAGGAAGAUGACCAGGACACGUCUAUUAAAGGUCGUCUGCUGGCCCUGGUCUACAAAAUCAAAGGUCAACCUCUGAAGACUGAAGAGGAGCCCACGGAGCAGGAACAGCAAGCCCCCUCCAACCUUAAAGAGCUGAUUAGCCAGACCAUGGUGAGCUGGGCUCAGGAGUGCCACGUCCAGGACCCCGAGCUGGUCAGAGUGAUGUUCAGCCUGCUGAGGAGACAGUACGACAGCAUUGGAGAGCUGCUCCGGGCCAUGAGGAAGAGCUACACUAUCAGUGCUGCCUCUAUACAGGACACCAUCAACCUGCUGGCCUCUCUGGGUCAGAUCAGAUCACUGCUGUCCGUACGCAUGGGCAAGGAGGAGGAGAAACUCAUGAUCGACGGUCUGGGUGACAUCAUGAACAACAAGAUAUUCUACCAGCACCCCAACCUGAUGCGUGUGCUGGGCAUGCAUGAGACGGUGAUGGAGGUGAUGGUCAACGUGCUGGGAGGAGGCAAGUCCCAGAUAGCGUUCCCCAAGAUGGUGGCCAGCUGCUGUCGCUUCCUGUGUUACUUCUGCAGGAUCAGUCGUCAGAACCAGAAGGCCAUGUUUGACCACCUCAGCUACCUCUUGGAAAACAGCAGCGUGGGCCUGGCGUCCCCGGCCAUGAGGGGCUCUACUCCUCUAGACGUGGCUGCCUCCUCUGUGAUGGACAACAACGGCCUGGCCUUGGCCCUGGAGGAACCRGACCUGGAUAAGGUGGUGACGUACCUAGCAGGCUGUGGGCUCCAGAGCUGUCCCAUGCUGCUGGACAAAGGUUACCCUGACAUCGGUUGGAACCCCAUAGAGGGCGAGCGCUACCUCUCCUUCCUGCGCUUUGCUGUCUUUGUUAAUGGUGAGAGUGUGGAGGAGAACUCCAGUGUGGUGGUGAAGCUACUGAUCAGGCGUCCAGAGUGUUUUGGUCCGGCCCUGAGAGGAGAGGGGGGUAACGGGCUGCUAGCAGCCAUGAAGGAGGCCAUCAAGAUCUCUGAGAACCCUGCUCUGGACCUGCCCUCCUCUGCCCAGGGGGUCAGCUCUGACAUGUCUGCUGAGGAUGAUGAGGAGGAAGAGGUGGUUCACAUGGGAAAUGCCAUCAUGUCCUUCUACUCUGCCCUCAUCGACCUAUUGGGACGCUGUGCCCCAGAGAUGCACUUGAUUAACAAGGGGAAAGGGGAGGCCCUGCGUAUCCGUGCCAUCCUGCGCUCCCUAGUGCCCACUGAAGACCUGGUGGGCAUCAUCAGCAUAGCCCUCAAGAUGCCUGUCAUUCACAAAGACGGCACUGUGACCGAGCCUGAUAUGGCGGCCAGUUUCUGCCCGGACCACAAGGCCCCCAUGGUGCUAUUCCUGGACCGGGUCUAUGGUAUCGAGGACCAAAGCUUCCUACUUCACCUGCUGGAAGUGGGCUUCCUGCCAGACCUGCGAGCCUCUGCUUCUCUGGACACGGAGGUACUCAGCACCACAGAGACAGCUCUGGCCAUGAACAGGUACAUUGGCUCUGCCAUGCUUCCCCUGCUCACCCGCUGUGCCCCCCACUUCGCUGGCACAGAGCACUACGCCACGCUAAUCGACUCCACGCUACACACCAUCUACAGGCUGUCCAAGGGCCGCUCUCUCACCAAGGCCCAGAGAGACGCUAUCGAGGAGUGUCUGCUGGCCGUCUGCAAGUACCUCCGUCCCUCCAUGCUGCAGCAUCUCCUGCGACGCCUCGUCUUUGACGUGCCCUUGCUGACAGAGUACUGCAAGAUGCCUCUCAGGCUCUUGACCAACCACUACGAGCAGAGCUGGAAGUACUACUGUCUGCCGUCAGGCUGGGGCAGCUACGGCAUGGCCUCAGACGAGGAACUGCUCCUCACAAAGAAGAUCUUCUGGGGUGUCUUGGAUUCGCUCUCACAGAGGAAGUACGAUGCAGAUCUCUUUAAGAUGGCCAUGCCCUGUCUGAGUGCCAUAUCUGGGGCCUUACCGCCUGACUACAUAGACUCCACCAUCAGCACCACCCUGGAGAAGCCUGUGUCUGUGGACGCUCAGGGCAACUUCGACCCCAAACCCAUCAGCACAGCCAACAUAUCUCUUCCAGAGAAACUGGAAAAUGUUGCCAACAAAUAUGCUGAGCAUUCCCAUGACAAAUGGUCAGCCGAGAAGGUGAUGUUGGGAUGGAAGUACGGAGACUGUAUAGAUGAGAAGGCCAAGACUCACCCUCAGCUCAGGACCUACAAAGGCCUUACAGAGAAGGAGAAGGAGAUCCACAGGUUGCCGGUGAGGGAGACUCUGAAGAGCAUGCUGGCUAUGGGCUGGAACAUUGACAGGACCAAGGAUGGAGAGACCAUGUCCCUACGGGAGAGUGAGAAGAUGCGGAAGAUCUCCCAGUCUUCCUCUCAGGGUAACGGUUUCAACCCAACACCAAUAGACACCAGCAAUGUGGUUCUGUCUAGAGAGUUACAGGGCAUGAUGGAGGUUGUGGCUGAGAAUUAUCACAACAUCUGGGCUAAGAAGAAAAAGAAUGACCUUGGAAUUAGAGGUGGGGCAACUCACCCUCUGCUAGUGCCCUAUGACACCCUGACUGCCAAAGAGAAGGCCCGGGACAAAGAGAAGGCCCAGGACCUGUUCCGCUUCCUACAGAUCAAUGGCUAUGCUAUCACCAGAUGUCUGAAGGAUAUGGAGCAGGACUCUUCCUCCAUGGAGAAGAGGUUUGCCUACAAGUUCCUCAAGAAGCUCCUCAAGUAUGUGAACUCAGCCCAGGAGUUCAUUGCCCACCUUGAGGCCAUGGCUACCAGUGGUAAGACAGACAAGUCACCUCAUGAGCAAGAAAUCAAGUUUUUCGCCAAAGUCCUCCUCCCUCUGAUAGACCAGUACUUCAAGAACCACUGUCUCUACUUCCUGUCUUCUCCCAGUAAGAACCUGAGCAGCAGCGGCUAUGCAUCUAAUAAGGAGAAGGAGAUGGUCACCAGCCUGUUCUGUAAACUGGCAGCUCUUGUCAGACACAGGAUUUCCCUCUUCGGGAGUGACUCCACCACCAUGGUGAGCUGUCUCCACAUCCUGGCCCACACACUGGACACCAGGACGGUGAUGAAGUCUGGCUCAGAGCUGGUGAAGGCGGGGUUAAGGACGUUCUUCGAGAACGCAGCGGAGGACCUGGAGAAGACCUUUGAGAACCUGAAGUUGGGGAAGUUCACCCACUCCCGCUCACAGAUGAAGGGCGUGUCCCAGAACAUUAACUACACCACGGUGGCACUACUGCCCAUCCUCACUGCCCUGUUUGAACACAUCACCCAGCACCACUUUGGAGUGGACCUGCUCUUGGAUGAUGUCCAAGUGUCAUGCUAUCGUAUCCUGACCAGCCUGUAUGCACUCGGGACUGGGAAAAACAUCUACGUGGAAAGGCAGCUGCCGGCCCUGGGGGAGUGUCUGGCCACCCUGGCAGGCGCCAUGCCUGUGGCCUUCCUGGAGCCACUGCUCAACAAACACAACCCCUGCUCUGUGUUCAACACCAAGACUGCCCGCGAACGCGCCAUCCUAGGCAUGCCAGACGCGGUGGAGGAGAUGUGUCCGGAGAUGCCUCGUCUAGACGUCCUGAUGAAGGACAUCAACGACAUGUCUGAGUCUGGGGCGCGCUACACAGAGAUGCCCCACGUCAUCGAGGUGGUGCUGCCCAUGCUGUGUAACUACCUGUCCUACUGGUGGGAGAAGGGCCCAGAGAACCAGCCGUCUCCGCACAGCGGGGGCAGUGUUGGGGGCAGUGUCUUCUCCACCACCGUCACCUCAGAACACCUCAGCCUCAUCCUGGGAAACAUCCUGAAGAUCCUCAACAGCAACCUGGGCAUCGACGAGGCCUCCUGGAUGAAGAGGAUCGCAGUGUACGCCCAGCCUAUCAUCAGUAAGGCCAGGGCUGUUCUGUUGAAGAGUCACUUCCUGCCUACGCUGGAGAAGCUGAAGAAGAAGACAGUGAAGGUGGUGACGGAGGAGGAGCUACUGAAAGCUGACAGUAAGGGAGACACCCAGGAGGCUGAGCUCCUCAUCCUGGAUGAGUUCGCUGUGCUCUGCAGAGACCUCUACGCCUUCUACCCGAUGCUCAUCCAUUACGUAGACAAUAACAGGUCCAGGUGGCUGAAAGAACCAGACGCUGACUCCAAUGAACUCUUCAGAAUGGUGGCUGAGAUCUUCAUCCUCUGGUGCAAAUCACAUAACUUCAAAAGGGAAGAGCAGAACUUUGUGGUUCAGAAUGAAAUCAACAACCUGUCUUUCCUGACUGGUGAUAGCAAGACGAAGAUGUCAAAGUCAGGGGGUCAGGACCAGGAGAGGAAGCAUAAGAGGAAGCGAGGAGAGUUCUACUCCAUCCAGACCUCCCUGAUCGUUGCUGCCCUGAAGAAGAUGUUGCCCAUGGGACUCAACAUGUGCACCCCCGGGGACCAGGAGCUCAUCUCCCUGGCCAAGACACGUUACCUCCUGAAGGACACAGAUGAUGAAGUGAAGGAACAUGUGCGUCAAAAUUUGCACCUUCAAGAAAAGUCAGACGACCCUGCAGUGAGGUGGCAGCUGAACCUGUAUAAGGAUGUGAUGGUGAAGAACGAGGGGCCUCCAGACCCUGAGAGGACAGUGUUCAGAGUCCAGAGCAUAUCAGCUGCAGUCUUCCAUCUGGAGCAGGUGGAACAGCCGUUGAGGUCAAAGAAGUGUGUGUGGCAGAAGCUGCUGUCCAAGCAGAGAAAGCGUGCGGUGGUGGCCUGCUUCCGCAUGGCUCCUCUCUACAAUCUGCCCAGGCAUCGCUCUAUUAACCUCUUCCUCCUGGGCUAUCAGAGAAUAUGGAUAGAAACAGAGACGUACUCUUUUGAAGAGAAGCUAGUGCAGGACCUGGCAAAGACCCAACUGAAGGUGGAGGAGGAGGAAGAGGAGGAGGCAGAGAUGCAGCCAGACCCUCUUCAUCAGCUCAUCCUGCAUUUCAGUCACAAUGCGCUCACUGAGCGGAGUUCUUUGGAAGAGGAUCCUUUGUAUAUUGCGUAUGCAGACAUGAUGGCAAAGAGUUGUGCAGAAGAUGAAGAAGAAGAAGAUGAAGAAGGAAAAGAGAAAACGUUUGAGGAAAAAGAGAUGGAGAAACAGAAGACMCUGUACCAGCAGGCCAGYCUGCAUGACAGAGGAGCUGCUGAGAUGGUGUUACAGAUGAUCAGCGCCAGCAAAGGUACGCUUGGGCCCAUGGUGACCUUUACCUUGAAGCUGGGCAUCUCUAUACUCAACGGAGGCAACAUACUGGUUCAGCAGAAAAUGCUUGACUAUCUGAAAGAAAAAGGAGAUGCUGGCUUUUUCAAGAGUUUGUCAGGACUCAUGCAGUCUUGCAGUGUCCUGGAUUUGAAUGCAUUCGAAAGGCAAAACAAAGCGGAAGGUCUUGGGAUGGUGACUGAGGAAGGAUCAAUCAACGUGAGUGAGCGGGGUUCCAAAGUACUGCAAAACGAUGAGUUCACUAAGGAUCUCUUUAGGUUUCUGCAACUGCUCUGUGAGGGACACAACAACGACUUCCAAAACUUCCUGCGGACUCAAACAGGAAACACGACCACUGUAAAUAUCAUCAUCAGCACUGUGGACUACCUGCUCCGUCUGCAGGAAUCCAUCAGUGAUUUUUACUGGUACUACUCUGGGAAAGACAUCAUGGAUGAGGCUGGCCAGCGGAACUUCUCCAAAGCCCUGGCUGUGGCCAAGCAGAUUUUCAACUCUCUCACUGAGUACAUACAGGGCCCUUGUAUUGGGAACCAGCAGAGUCUGGCACACAGCAGGCUAUGGGAUGCAGUGGUGGGAUUCCUGCAUGUGUUUGCCAAUAUGCAGAUGAAGCUGUCGCAGGAUUCAAGUCAGAUUGAGUUAUUGAAGGAGCUGCUGGACCUGCAGAAGGACAUGAUCGUGAUGAUGCUCUCCCUUCUGGAAGGUAACGUUGUCAAUGGAACCAUCGGGAAACAGAUGGUGGACACCCUGGUGGAGUCCUCCAGCAAUGUGGAGAUGAUCCUCAAGUUCUUCGACAUGUUCCUCAAACUCAAAGACCUGACCACCUCGGACAACUUCAAGGAGUACGACCCGGAGAGCAAGGGAGUGAUCUCCAAGAAGGAGUUUCAGAAGUCCAUGGAGAACCAGAAGCAGUACUCCCAGUCCGAGAUCGAGUUCUUGCUCUCCUGCGCCGAGGCUGACGAGAACGACAUGUUCAACUACGAGGAGUUUGUGAAGCGCUUUCAUGAGCCGGCCAAGGACAUUGGCUUUAACGUGGCGGUCCUGCUCACCAACCUGUCAGAACACAUGCCUCACGACGCCCGUCUGGCCACCUUCCUGGACCUGGCCGAGAGCGUGAUAAACUACUUCGAGCCCUACCUGGGCCGCAUAGAGAUUAUGGGKGGAGCCAAGCGCAUCGAGAGGGUCUACUUUGAGAUCAGUGAGUCUAGUCGUACACAGUGGGAGAAGCCCCAAGUCAAAGAGUCUAAGAGACAGUUUAUCUUUGACGUGGUGAAUGAGGGUGGAGAGAGUGAGAAGAUGGAGCUGUUUGUCAACUUCUGUGAGGACACCAUAUUUGAGAUGCAGCUGGCCUCACAGAUCUCUGAGCCUGACGCAGUGGAGCGUCCCGAGGAGGACGACGAGGACAGCCAGAGUGUGACGGAGGAGCCAGAGGAGGAAGAGGAGGAGAGCAUGAUGGAGUCUCACUCCGCCUUCACCAACUCCUGCGUCUCCAUGAGGAAGAACCUGUUCAGCUUCCGCCAGCUGCUGACCUUCAAAAGCAUGAGGCGGCAGUACAGGAGGUUCAGGAAGAUGAGUGUGAGGGAGAUGGUCCAAGGCUUCUUCUCAUUCUUCUGGAUGAUUAUCACGGGCCUCUUCCGCUUCCUCUACAACCUGGUGUGGGGCUUCUUCCACAUCCUGUGGUCCUCCAUGUUUGGUGGGGGCCUGGUGGAGGGGGCCAAGAACAUGAAGGUCACAGACAUCCUGGGGAACAUGCCRGACCCCACACAGUUUGGUAUCCAUGGUGAUGUGCUGGAGACAGAGAAGAUGGAGGCGAGUGAGGCGUCAUCUGUGGCAGAGAUGGGCCACAUGGGCCAGGGGGACAAGGCAGAGGCAGAUCUGAUGGCCGAGCUGCUUAACAUCCAAACCAAGAGCCAGGGGGGAAAGCAUGCGCCCGAGCCAGGUCUGGGGGACAUGGGUGAGGUGGUGGGGGUCGACGCCCCCUCUUUAGCCAGUGCUGUCAAGCAGAAGAAGGCCAAGGAGGCUGCGACUAAGGAGCCUACCAAUGGAGACCACAAAGCCGCGCCAGAGAAAUCAGACCCAGAGGAUGGGGAGAAGAAGGACCAGGACAAAGUCAAAGAGGAGGCUCCCCCAGAGCCCUCACCGGAGGAGAAGAAGGCCCCCAAGAAGAGACCGGGACUGAAGAAAGAGUCUCCAGAGGAGUUCAUGGCCAACUUCUUCUCUAGCCUGGACAUCUACCAGACCAAGAUGCUGAACUAUCUGGCCAGAAACUUCUACAACCUGCGUUUCUUGGCAUUGUUUGUUGCAUUUGCCAUAAACUUUAUUCUGCUCUUCUACAAAGUGACUGGAGAUGACGGGGAUGACGAUGAUCCAGAUCCCUGGAAUGGAGGUGGAGCUACUGAUGAAGAGGAGGAUGAAGGUGGGAUGGAGUAUUUUGUCCUGCAGGAGAGCACAGGCUACAUGGCACCUACACUGCGCUUCUUGGCCAUACUACACACAGUCAUCUCUUUCUUGUGUGUGGUGGGAUACUACUACCUAAAGGUGCCUCUGGUGGUGUUCAAGAGAGAGAAGGAGAUCGCCAGGAAGUUGGAGUUUGACGGCCUCUACAUCACAGAGCAGCCGUCAGACGAUGACAUCAAAGGACAGUGGGACCGCCUCGUCAUCAACACCCCUUCCUUCCCUAAUAACUACUGGGACAAGUUUGUGAAACGCAAGGUGAUCAAUAAGUAUGGAGAUCUGUAUGGAGCAGAGAGGAUAGCAGAGCUGCUGGGGCUGGAUAAGAGUGCUCUGGACUUCAACCCCACAGAGGAGACAGUGGUGAAGGAGGCAUCGCUGGUGUCCUGGUUGAGCUCUAUUGACACCAAGUACCAGUGCUGGAAAAUGGGUGUGGUGUUUACAGACAAUUCGUUCCUGUACCUGGUGUGGUACACCACCAUGUCCAUCCUGGGUCACUACAACAACUUCUUCUUCGCUGCCCAUCUGUUGGACAUCGCCAUGGGCUUCAAGACACUCCGGACCAUACUGUCCUCAGUCACCCACAAUGGCAAGCAGCUGGUUCUGACUGUAGGUCUCCUGGCGGUGGUGGUCUAUCUGUACACUGUGGUGGCCUUCAACUUCUUCCGCAAGUUCUACAACAAGAGUGAGGAUGACAACCAGCCCGAUAUGAAGUGUGACGACAUGAUGACUUGCUACCUGUUCCACAUGUACGUUGGUGUGAGGGCAGGGGGUGGAAUCGGGGAUGAGAUCGAGGACCCUGCAGGCGACCCGUAUGAGCUCUACCGCAUCCUCUUCGACAUCACCUUCUUCUUCUUUGUCAUCGUCAUCCUGCUGGCCAUCAUACAGGGUCUGAUCAUUGAUGCUUUUGGAGAGCUGAGAGACCAACAGGAACAAGUGAAAGAGGAUAUGGAGACCAAAUGUUUCAUCUGUGGCAUCGGUAAUGACUACUUUGACACGACGCCUCAUGGCUUUGAGACACACACCUUACAAGAGCACAACUUGGCCAACUACCUGUUUUUCCUGAUGUACCUUAUCAACAAAGAUGAGACAGAACACACCGGUCAGGAGUCAUACGUGUGGAAGAUGUACCAGGAGAGGCUCUGGGACUUUUUCCCUGCUGGAGACUGUUUCAGAAAGCAGUAUGAGGACCAGCUUGGAUAGAGGUGACAGACAGGURGCUGUCAUCCUACGGACAGGACUACAGUCCUACAAAGAGCUGCUCCAGGUACACUCCCACUUCCUCCUAACAGCUAGCUGAUGACGGUUGGUAACCAUUCACCGCCUAUUGCCUCCUCUAAAUGUGUGAGACUAGAGGAGAGGGGAGAUGCUAUCUUCCAUAUGACGGAAUAACCAUUUUCACAUCAACGUCAAAUGUACCUGUACAUGUUACCUUUGGUACAGUGCCAACCUCCAAGAAAGUGACUAUAUUACAACCUGCCCAGACAGAUUUCAGUUUUGAA